GAACUUAUGACACUUGGGCUAAGCCUUUCAAUAUCUAUUACAUUAUACGUCAUUGGAACACACAUAAGAUAUACAUACAUUACCGCUUAUGUGCUAUUCCUAAGACGUUCCUGAUAGAAACGAAAUGUGAUGCGCUUGAGACGACAUUAGAAAUAUAUAAAAACUGGAAUACCCUUUCACUUUUACAGAGCCAUUAACAAUGGAGAUUCACGAUGUGAUGCUUCUCUUCUUAGCUGCUGUCUUGACAACAGCCACAGCCAGCACAAUGCCAUUUAGAGAUCAGUGUUUGUAUUGGCACAACUACUUCCGCACACUUCAUCAGGCUCCUCCUGUCACGUGGUCAAUGGAACUUCAAAAGGAGGCGGAAGAUUGGGUAAACUAUCUGGCAGAAAACGACAAAUUUCACCACAGUGCCAAGAAUCCUGGGAAUUUGUACUUGGCAAGUGACAGACCCAAGGAGUAUUGCACUGAUGCUGUUCAGUGGUUCCACUGGGAGGAGAAAUUUUAUAACUAUAGCAAUCCUAAAUACUACAAGGCAGCUGGACAUUUUACACAGGUGAUAUGGAAAAACUCAAGACAAAUUGGGGCUGCUUGGGCUAUUCGUAAGGACAAAAGGCUUGUUAUAUCGAUCAAGUACAAACCUGGCGGUAACGUCGUCAACUAUUUUGGUAAAAAUGUUCUUCCACCAACCGCUGCUCUCUUGGGACCAGAAUGGACGCGAGUUCCACCGAAGUUUACUAGGUGUCCGAGUUUGAUUACUACAACUGCUGGCACUAAGAAAGAAUCGACAAGUGGAGCAAUGACGUUUAAAGAGCAGUGUAUUUAUUGGCACAACUAUUUUCGGACACUUCAUCAGGUUCCAAAUGUCACGUGGUCGAUGAGUCUACAAAAAGAAGCGGAAGACUGGGUAAAGUAUCUGGCAGAAAACAACAAAUUUCAUCACAGUGCCAAGAAUCCCGGGAAUUUGUACUUGGCAAGUGACAUACCCAAGGAGUAUUGCAGUGACGCUGUUCAGUGGUUUCACUGGGAGGAGAAGUUUUAUAAUUAUAGCAAUCCUAAAUACUACAAGGCAGCUGGACAUUUCACACAGGUGAUUUGGAUGAACUCGAAAGAAAUCGGUGCUGCUUGGGCCAUUCGAAAUGACAGUAGACUUGUUAUAUCGAUCAAGUAUAGAACAGGUGGUAAUGUCGUUGGCUACUUUCGUAAAAAUGUCAAACCACCAACCGCCGCUCUUCUACCCAACUGGCCGUAUGCUCCUCCUAGAUUUUCCAGAUGUCCGAUCAGAACUACUACCAUCCCACCGACUACUACACCCAUCCCUACUAAGCCUGAUACAGGAGGUACAUGGCCAUUCAGAGAUCAGUGCCUUUACUGGCACAAUUACUUCCGGACCCUUCAUGAGGUUCCUUUCGUCACUUGGUCGCUGAGCCUUAAAAAAGAGGCGGAAAACUGGGUUAAGUAUCUAGCAGACAACAACAAGCUUGAAUUCAAGAAUAAUUCUGGGAACUUGUACUUGUCAACGGAAAAACCAAGAGAGUACUGUAGUCAAGCUAUAUGGUGGUUCCAUGGCCAAGAGAGAUAUUACGAUUACAAAAAUCCUCGUUACAUCAAAGCAGCACGAAACUUUACGCAGCUUAUUUGGAAAAGCACGAAACAAAUUGGCGCCGCCUGGAAAAUCCGUAAGGACGGAAAGCUUAUUGUGGCCGUCAUGUACGACUCCGAAGGUGGGAACGACAAAGGUAAUUUUGAAGACAACGUUUUCCCUCCCUUUGCGGAAACUUUGGGCCCAGAUUGGUUGCGGACCCCUCCUGAAUCUUCGAGGUGUCCAAGAGAAAACAUUGUGACACGUCCCACUAAUGAGUCCAUCAUUUCAACAAGACCUCAUGUGAGAGCAGCAGCGGAAAGACCUUGCAUUAGCUUGGACCUCUUCAUUACAUUUGUCAUACUUGCAACCUAUUUCUGGUAAACGGAAACUAAUUCAUUUGAAUAUUUGAAACGUUUACUGAUUGCCCUUUGAGACUUCAGUGUCUUCCAAGCACGAAUCGCACUCUAUCGUACGAUACGGUUCUCCAAGUUUUGUGGUAGAGCAGUUCGUUUUUCGUAGAAGAGUACAAGCAGAUUCAAUAUGCUGAUUCCUGACUUGGAAAUAGCGAGCUUUCUAUUGUAAAUAUUAGAUAAUUUCCGAUGAAUAUUUAGUUAACACUAAGUUAUUUAUUGAAAAUUACACUGCAUGUGAGAAGGACGAAUGCGAGUAAUAAUAUUGAUGAUGAUUAGCCUCGGUGCAGGCAUCUCCCAUUUUCCCCUAUCAUAAAUGAUUUCGUAAAGUAAUUUUUACAACGUUAUAAUUAAAGCUAUUAAUAUUUAUCUGCGUUACACUACUCGAUAUACGGUAAAAAGGAUUAAUUUACCAGAGCUAGAGUAAGGUUUCGUAACGAAACACUUUUGCAUGAAUCUGUAUUAACGGAUGACAUAAGGACAAUUAUAAAAACUGGUCGGGGAGGUGGGGGUUUGUCCGUCCAUUAUUCCUUAAAAUGAAUUUCAAUUAAUUCAUGAGAAGAGCAAAAUUAUCAAAAAAUCACAGUUUCGGAAUACCACCGGUGGUUAACCCUUCAACUCUUAAGAUGUAAUUGUUAAUUCUCCUCUGUAGCUGCUCCACAUUUCCUUGUAAAUUAGUUACGAGAAUUUGGUGUUAAAUCAAGAUCACAACUAUUACCUGAAAAGUUUAAAUAUUCUCAUUACAUGUGUACUGGAUUAUGUAUGGAUAUUAUUGGGAGAAGUUACAUGUUAAUUACCUCUGGAAGUUAAAGGGUUGACGAAGUAACACGUUUUCAGUCAAAGCACAAUCAGGUAUGUUUUUCUUCAGCCGAAUGUACAUAAAUAUAUAACGACUGUCGGAUGAUGGGAGGAUGAUAUCGAACAACUAAUAUAUGAUUUUCCUCACAAGUAUGAAGUAAUGCACAGAAAUGAUAUGAUAACGAACAUUGAUGAUUACUUCAACCUACUUUGUAAAUUAUGUUAAAAACU